AUGAGCGCUCCCGGGUGUCGCCAAGAGAGGAGGGGGUCGUUCCACGGCCGUGCCGGCGUCUCCGAGAAGCGCGCGCCGCCGUCGCUGGUGCUUGUCUGCUGCAUCGGCGCCAUUGCCCUCCUUGCGGGCGCUAGCCGCACCCUAGCCUCAAAGGAGGAGCUCUGUCUUGGCUCUUUUUGGUGCAUUCGCUUGACACCUAUUGGCCGCAACCUUCAAGGGGUUAAGUAUGAGUUGCGCACUCUUCCUGUGGAUGCUAAGGCUGUAACUGACGGCGACACGAUCACUGUGUAUGUUAACGUGGCUCACCAUCCAGAGUCUAGCAAUGUGCCCCAGGAAGUGCGUGAAGCGGGCAUUGAGCGGAGCAAGGCUCUGGAGGCAAAUAAUUACCAAAAAACUGGUGAUUUACUGAAGAUCAUACUUGAUGCAGGAUAUAGACAGGUUCGUGGCAUCGGUGGGGAACAAAUUCUUGCAAAGAAGCACAGGAUAAGGCUAAGGGGGAUUGAUGCACCAGAGAGCUUAAUGCCAUAUGGCAAAGAGGCCAAAGAGGAGCUGGUGAGGCUGGUGCAGGGGAAAAGCUUGAAGAUUUCCAUAUAUGACACUGACUGGUACGGUCGCUUAGUUGGAGAUGUUGACUGUGAUGGGGUUUUCGUGCAGGAACACAUGCUGAGGAAAGGACUUGCAUGGCACUAUAGUACUUAUGAUCAUCGGAUGGAGCUCAGCAAGGUGUUUGUUGAUUUACCGUUCAGAACUGUUGCCCAGAGGACCAAAAGUCCAAAAACACUGGUUCCAUUGUUGUAG